AUGGCGAUCGACCGCAACAUCGGCAUCGAGAACUACAACACGGGGGCGCACAUCCCGCCGAUUGCUACCCUACCUGAGUCGCUGAGCCGCCGCGCGACCGGCUCUGAGUCGCUGACGGAUCAAGACAGCAACGAGGAGUGGACCGGUACGGUGUCCAUCGGCACGCCUGCGCAGAGCUUCACGAUCGACUUCGACACGGGCUCGUCGGACUUGUGGGUGCCGUCGUCGUCGUGCAGCGGCUGCCAGGCGAAACAUUCGUACGACCCGUCGUCGUCCUCCACUAGUAGCGAGCAGAGCGGCACGUUCCAGAUUUCGUACGGCGACGGCUCCCAGGCAUCUGGGCCCAUCUUCACCGAUACGGUCAGCGUUUCGGGCGUCACUGUCACCGGACAGUACCUCUCUGCUGUGACGAGCGAGUCUGGAAACCUCGUCGGCGGUCCCAAUGACGGCCUGAUGGGCAUGGCGUUCCCCGCCAUCUCCCAGCUUGGACAUAACCCCUUCUUCCAGAGCGCUGUGUCGGAGAAGGCAGUCGACUCUGGCGUGUUCGGCUUCAAGCUCUCGUCUAGCGGCGCGCAGCUAAACCUCGGCGGUACAGACUCGUCGUUGUAUUCGGGGAGCAUCGAGUACCACGACCUCGCGUCGACCGCGGGCUACUGGCAGAUCGGCGGCGCCAGCGCGCUCGUGAACGGAAAGGCAGUGGUUUCGGACAUCCAGACGAUCAUCGACAGCGGCACCACGCUCAUGUACGGCCCGUCGGACCAGGUGAAGACGUUCUACUCCAGCAUCAGUGGCGCACAGGAGUAUGACACCCAGAACGGGCUGUGGAGCGUCCCGUGCGACUCGAUACCCACCGUCGCAUUCUCGUGGGGUGGGAACACCUGGCAGAUCAGCUCCAGCGACUUCAACCUUGGUCAGGCGAGCAACGGCGACUGCCAGGCUGCGUUGGGAAGCGCCGACCUCGGUUUCGGCGACGGUGUUUGGCUCCUUGGUGACACGUAUGUGCUCUCGUACGGCCCAGCCCGCGUACACAGGUACUGA